AGUUUUCGAGAAGAUCGUACAUUUUUGCUCAACUUUCGUGGAUUUAAUCCCACUGUCUUUCAUCCUUGGAUUUUUCGUGUCGUUCACGGCCACCAGAUGGUGGAAUCAGUACAUGGCCAUCCCGUGGCCAGACAAGAUUAUGAACAUUCUUGCCCUCUAUGUGCCGGGAGCAGAUGAAAGUAGCCGAAUGUUGCGUCGAACCUUGAUGCGUUACCUGAAUCUUGCUCUUGUUCUGGUGUUGCGGUCCAUCAGUAUGGCGGUAAAGAGAAGGUUUCCUACUAAAGAUCAUCUUGUUGAAGCUGGUUUCCUUACGAAGACGGAACUGGAGAUGUUUCUCUCAGUGCCGUCAGUAGAAUUCAACACGUUUUGGAUUCCAUGUACUUGGUUUAUCAACUUGCUACGUGAAGCCAGGCAAGAGUGUCGAAUUAUAGACUCGAACGGACUAAAGCUCAUUAUGGAAGAGUUUAAUGAUUUUCGAUCGAAGUGUGGGCUACUUUGGAGUUACGACUGGAUUAGCACUCCCCUUGUGUAUACUCAGGUCGUUACGUUGGCCACCUACACUUUCUUUGUCGCCUGUGUUUUUGGUCGUCAAUACAUCAACAGCCCGGACCCUGUUAUCCAAGCUAAACGACCUUUCGACUACUACGUACCAGCAUUCACCAUUUUUCAAUUCUUGUUCUACAUGGGACUUUUGAAAGUUUCUUAUCUUGGAGUAGACACGUUGAGCUGUGCCCCUCCCCCACUUGUCAGAGACUGUUAUUUUGAUGAGACUGACAUGAGGUUACCGUAUACUGAAGCUUCUGUUGCGUACAAGAAGAAGACUUACCGAGGGUCUGUGGCAUACAUGCACGUACCCUCUGAACAACAAGGAAUGGUUAUGCCUGACGUCAAAGAGGAAGAAGAAGAAGAAAAAAAUGAUGACAUGUGGCAUCAGCCUAAUAUUGGGCAACGGAGGGCUUCGGUUUGGACAAUUUUUGGUGGGAAGGUCAACAGACGCGUGAGUCCUAGCGGUAGCCUGGUGGAUAUCGAGAGAGAGCCUUUGGAUACAUCAGCAGAUUCCGACGAUGGCCCACCGGACAUUGUCUACUAUCCUCCCUCAGGUCUUCUGGUCCGGAUGAAAUGGUGUCUGAUGGCGAUGCACAGGUUCCUGACAUCAAAGAUUUUACAAGGCAAGCAUCUGGAGACGACAUAACUAAUUCAAAUGUUACAAAAGGUAAUAU